AUGUCGGAGGAUCGGGAGAGGAGCAAGAUCUCGCUGAGAAGCGGCAAGAGGAAAGGCCGCCCUCAGAUUAGUGCACCACGUCAGAUCUCGGAGCCCAUUCUGCAAGAUGGAUCUGGUCCGGUACGGCCUCCCGGCUCGAGGCCGAUGGCCGAUGCGGGACCUCCUCAGGCGCAACCUCGACUUCGUCCGCCGCCGCAGGCUGGAGGCGGAUCCAAGACUUCAGAUUUGGUAAAGCGACGAUACUCGACGCGGUUUAAUAACCUGCCGAGUGACUUCGAUGUGAAUAAUCCGCCGGUUCCUGCCAUGCCAUCCCUCGAUAAGUACGAAUCCCGUCAACGCAGAGUGCGACCGCCUCCCAGCCGAGGGAGUGAUGCAGCCCCCGCUCCUGUCGUAGAUGUCAAGGCUUUGCGGGACCCCAACUUAGUCCCCGAUCAAUACGUUGCCAGCUUGCUCAGCGAAGCCUCCGAGGACCAGAUUCGCGAAUUCGAGGACAACUUACGCGGCCUUAAAAGCCGAGCCAACGCAGACCUUCAACAAAAUGUCAUGCAGAAUCGAACUCAGUUCAUCAAGAUCAGCAAAGAAGCCGAGAAGCUCAAGGGCGAGAUGCGAGCUUUGAAGAAUCUAAUGACGGACCUCAAAGUAAACACAACGGCGCUGCGUCAAGCUUCCAGCAACAAUAACAACGAGCCUUCUGGCCUCGGCGGAGAACUCUCGACGGGCAUGAGCAAGAGAGAUAAGCGCAGCUCGGUCGCUGACCGAAGCGCUCUUUGGAACUCGCAAAUGCAAGCGCUGUACAAGAAUGUUGAGGGAUCGCAAAAGUUCUUGCCCAAUUCUGCUACUCGCCAUGUAAUCCAGAAUGCCGGAGCAUGGAUUGAAUUGGACAACGCCACUUACAAGUCCCGCCGGGCCAUGCAGAUAUUCCUUUUAAACGACCACCUGCUGAUUGCGUCACGCAAGAAGAGAAAGGCCGAUGUUCCUCCUCGGGAGGCGACAGGACCACUCGUGAAGUUGGUUGCCGACAGAUGUUGGCCCCUGCUUGAUGUUGAAGUGGUGGACAUGGCGGGUUCAAGCGAUUCUUCGACGACUCGGAACAAGCUGGCAGACGCCAUCAUGGUCCGUGGCGUUGGCCAGGAAUCAGUCAUUUACCGGACGGAGAAGCCCGAAGAUACUGAGAAGAACAGUCUGCUACUCAACAUUCGUAAGGCAGUGGAAGAGCUGCGGAAGGAGCGUCAGUCGGAACUGGAAGCGAACAACAAAGCCAAGGAGACGAUCAACUACUUCGCCUCUCGAGACCCCGGCUUGCUUCAGAAGACAGAGCUCUUGGAAACACUGUCCGACAUUAAGGAUAUGCUUAUAGAUGUGGACGGAAAGCAGCAAAAUCUGCGUUGGGUGGAGAGCCAGAUGGACGAGCUGGACAUUGACAUUGCGCUUCAAAACUUUGAACCAGCUGUGGGCCGUGUCGAGAAACUCAAGAACCUCGCCCGAGGGUUGAAGAACAACACAGUGGCACAGGAUUUCAUCAGCUUUAAGGUCGAAGAGCGAUGCGCUAAGCUAGCAGGCAUGAUUAUCCGCGAACUUGAGACGACGCACAACGCGCCGACGAAGAACAAGCGCAACAUCAGCUGGUUAGCCAGGCUUGGAUACGAGGACAGAGCCCGCGAGGCCUACUUGCUGGCCAGGCACGAUAUUAUCCAGAAGCGAUCUAGGCAAUGCAUCUUUCAGGGAGAUUUACACCAGUACAUCUGGGAAAUUUCAUUUGUCUACUUCUCACUCAUACGCAAUACUGUAAGCUGCUUUACGGCAUGCUUCCCGCCACCGAUGAUGAGUGCCUGCGUCAAAUGGGCCAAAGAGGAAGUCGAGGUAUUCAAUGCCAUCCUCGCCCGACAACUCAGUGGCACCGAACGUGGCGGCAAGGUCUGGAACGAUUGCAUGGAGCGGGCCCAUGAACACGCCAAGAUGCUCAACGACGUGCAAUUGGAUUUCCGUAAUGUUGUCGGCAAGGACUUGGACAACACAUCCGAGGCCGCUAGUCCCAUUGGUCUCGGAUUGACAUAG